GCAUAAAGUUUCCAAAUGGAAACUGAAGGGGGCCGCACAGAAGAUAAGAUAACAAUCCACUUUAUAAACCGGGAUGGUGAAAAAUUAACAACGAAGGGAAAAAUUGGUGACUCUCUCCUAGAUGUUGUGGUGGAAAAUAAUCUAGAUAUUGAUGGUUUUGGUGCCUGUGAGGGAACCUUGGCUUGUUCUACCUGCCACCUCAUCUUUGAAGAUCAUGUAUAUGAGAAGUUAGAGGCAGUCACUGACGAGGAGAAUGAUAUGCUUGAUCUGGCUUAUGGACUAACAGACAGGUCACGGUUGGGCUGCCAAAUCUGUUUAAACAAAUCGAUGGACAAUAUGACUGUUCGAGUACCUGAAGGAGUGGCUGAUGCCAGACAAUCUGUUGACAUGAGCAAGAGUUCCUAAGUUACAAUAAAAAAUAUUUUCACAAAAA